GAGAACUGGAGUCACAAAGCUGGCAGGCACAGCCAGGGCUGAGAGGCUGGCACACGUGGCAGGGAAGCUUGCUCAGGACUGUCACAAGGACACAAGGCAUUAUGGACAGGAGAUGGUGAAGAUGUUGCUCAAUCAUCAAAAAUUUAAAAUGCUUUUGGAACGAUCUCUUUCCACCAGUGACCUGGAAGAUAUUCUGACAAGAAUGAAGAAGAAAGGGAUGGAAAACCAGAAGGCUGAACGCCCAUCUGUCAAGGAGCUGGUGAAGAAGAGGAACGAUGGCUCCAAGAAGCCCCAGGCCACAUUGUCUUCUAGCAAACGGGUGAAAUCUACCUCUGAUGGAUGCCUCCUACACCGUGCACAAGCCCAGGUCACGUUACCUCCAGUUGAGGAAGAAACGGAGCUGCUCCAGAAGCUUUACAAUCUCCUGGAGGCCAAGGGGUUUCAGACGCGCAUGGAAGGAGUGUCACUCCUCCAAGACCUGUGCAAAACCAGCCCCCAGGUCAUCUCCACUAACAUUGUCCAGAUUUUUGAUUAUUUUGUCCUGAGAAUAUCUGACAGCCACAAGAAAGUGAAGCAGAAGGCGCUGGACGUGCUGGCUGAAAUCACAGGCGUCCUGAAAGAUGCCUUGAACCCGGUGAUCAUUGGUUUGCUGGAAGGAAUAACAAAGAACCUGAACUCCAAGGAUCCCAGGGUUCGUGCCGCAGCUGUGAAAGCACUGGAAGAAUCCAUUGCUCAUUUAGGUAAGGCUGAGCCCUGGCAUGGACUCUCCUCACCUGUGUCUCUGUCUCUCUGACACAAGAGAGUGCUGAGUGCCUUGAUAGCUGCUGUUGUCUGUGGAAAGCUCCAGCUGGCAUCCCCCAGAAGCUGUGCAGGUGCAGUCCUUAUGCACCAGUCCCCCAACAGGCUUGAAUGUGAUCAGCAUUUCCCAAAAGUCCCAGGAGCCCUUGGCUCUGUGCUGCCUGUCUGAAGAGCAAGUCCCAGACUACAGCUUUGCUGCAGUUCAGAGGCAAAGGGGGUUUGGAGUUUGAUUGGGUCCCGUUUGACUUCCCAAAUGAAUAGCUUUGCUCUUGGCAUGAAGGGAGAGUGACCCAUCAGAGCUCCUGCAGAGCAGCCACCGGGAAUGCUCUACAUGAUAGUCAUUAGCUGCCUAUUUACCCCUUUUCUUCUUUGUCUUCUAUUUUCAAAGGGGAACUUAGGAUUUGCCAAGUUCAUUUCUUUAUAACAAAUAGGUAUAAACCCAGCUGUCAAUGGUGCCUUGUUCCACAUGUUGUUUUGCAUGGGGCAAGAUGUCUACAGCAGUUAGCUACAUAGGCAAAGGCUGCCCUAAAUUCCUUUGCCACACAGAUUUAUGUCAGCUCUGAAAAUGCCACACUGGGGAAAUGUGCCUGAAAAUAGGAGUGUUGAAGAGGCAGGUGUUCAAGGGGAGUUGCCACUUUCUCCUCCUCAGCUGCUCUGUGAACUCAGGAACUGCCUGACUCGGUGCCUUUCUGUGUCCCAAGUAUGGGGUUCUUCCUUUUUGCUCUGGGAUGCAAAACCAUUUCACUACUUACAUGUGACUGAACUCUUGAUGUCCCUGAUGGGAAAUGUUUUAACAUAGCUCCUGAUACAGCAGACAACUUUGCAUUUACAAAUGUGAAAGGAGAGCUUUUCUUUUGCAAUUUAAAUCCCUGCCAAGCAGGCUGGAAGGAAAGAAGAAAAGGAUUCAAAAACCAGCAGAAAUGUACUUUAUUUUAUAGAAUGGGGUUGCCCCUGCCCUUUCCCUCUGCACUGUCCCUUGUCCUAUGGCCUCAGAAAAGUGAGCAGAAACACGUGUUUCACUUGUAGAUAAAGUGUCACUGCUGAAGGAGUUCAGCUACCAGUGGAAUCACCUGAGUGGCCAAGCUCUGCUGGAUGUCACGGAGUGUAUCACAGGUAUGGCCUCCCCUUCUAGGCCAAGAGGUCUUCCCAGGGAGUAUUUACAGGCAAUGCCUGUGAACAGACAGCAGAGUAGCUCCUCCAAACCAGGAGGUGCUGAGCUUGUCCCUCCUGCCCAGUGCCCAAGGCAGGUGUAUUUGGCAGGUUUCCCUGGCUGCUGCAGAGCUGUGCAGCACCUGAGAUGGGGGCAGAGCUCGGCCUCGGGGCUGAGCUCCCACUGGGGCAUCUCAGAACCCAGCUCCAGGAAAGGGAGGGGCUCAAAAUACCCCAGCUGGCCCCUCUCUUGGAAGCUCAGGGACAUCUGUCAUCUUUUAGGGAAAAUGGUGGCAAAUGCUGUUUCAGGGGACCAGUUUGUUUUGUCCUCACAGAACUCUUGUUUUUCUCUUGGAAAGCUUUGAGGCUGAACUGUGCAGAGCCUGGGGUCACAGCUUAGGUCAAAACUCAACAGACGUAUUAGAGGCAGGGAUUUAGUGCAAGGCAGCCUUUGGGGGCAGAGGGGCAGAAGCAGAGUGCUGAGGCUCCCUGCCUGUGCUGUCAAAGUGGCACUGGACUGAGCAUUUCAGGGUGUGCAAACAGUGUCUGCCUGUGUCAGCACUGUCCAAAAUGUUACAAAUGCAGCUGAUAAUUGAUUCCUCAGAGGGGCUUGCUAUGUCAGCAAUAGCCAAAGAAUGGGAAAAUUAUAAUCCCAAUAUAUACUAGAACAGACGAUUGAUAGUCUUGCUUUAUCUGGGGCUAAAGCCACUGCUAAUUAGGCCAACAUCUUUGAAUGCAAGGUUUAAUACACUUUGUGUCUCCAUUAGGAAUCUCAAAAGGGCAUGUUCAGCGAUUGGGAAUGUCAAAGGCCUUGUAAAGAGCUUUGAAAAAAGUAGAUCUCCAGCAACAGGGAAUUUAGUUUUACAGAUCUUUUGAUCUCUUUUUCAAAUAAAGGAAUGAAACAUAAAUUAGGACUACUUUAGAAAAAGUAGAUGUUCUCUCUGAGAUUUAGUAGGAAGAGACAGCUGUUCCUUACCUUCAAUAGUCACCAAUGCCUUUAUUUGUAUUUAAACUCAAAUGAAAUCCCAUGUUAAAAUGGGUACCAUAACGCUUUUCCUGCUUAGCACAAUUGAGGUUUGGGUACUUUCAGCAGCUGUUUUAAUAUUGAUGACUGCCAGUGGAUUAAAAGCUUAGAGAAAAUGAAGUCUCUUCCACCACAGAAUAAUAAAUGGCUACUAGAUAACAUUUUGCCUGAUCAGAAAAUAAGAAUGGUCUCCAGAGCUUUUCAUCUUUGAUCUUUCAGCCAAAUCUGCCAUGCAAGGAGCCUGUUGGUAGUAAAUUUUUGUCUGGGAUAUAGUUUGGUUCAGAAAAUGAGCAGAGAGCAGAUUUCAGAGACAAUAUGAGAAAACACUCGUGUUUUGGAUGAAUUUCAGUCCCCUGUGUAGCAUUUUGCUCUUUCUAUGCCCCUACGUCAGUGGACAUUAUAAGAAAAAAUGCCAUUAAGAUUGGGAGGGGAAAUGGCAUUAAAAUGUGGAGAUGCUCAAAUGCCACAGCAAUGGGGUCUAGCUAAUUCUCUAAGACACCCUGAGGUUUGAAACAGCUGCUUGUUGGAAGCCCCAGAAGCAUUCUGCCAAAGACACCAGCUAGUCACUGAUGUUUCCAAUC